AUGUGGGGCCAGUCUUGGGAAAAUAUUUUAGACUUGACCAUACCGUAUCCGGGAAAAAAUUAUUUGGAUGUUACACCACAAAUGAUCAAACAGGGAUACACACCAGCUGCAAUGUUUAGAGUGGCAGAAGAAUUUUUCAUAUCGUUAAACAUGAGUUCAAUGCCUCAAUCUUUUUGGGCCAAUUCAGUCGUAGAGGAACUUCCAGGACAGCCUAUAAUUUGUCAACCUUCUGCUUGGGAUUUUUGCAACAGACAAGAUUAUAGGAUUAAAAUGUGCACCCAAGUCAAUAUGAAAGAUUUUAUCACUGUUCAUCAUGAAAUGGCUCAUGUACAAUAUUUUUUGAAUUACAAAAAACAACCAAAGGUGUAUCGUGAUGGUGCCAAUCCAGGAUUCCACGAAGCUCUAAGCGAGGCAAUAUCGCUCUCUGUGUCAACCCCAAAGCAUUUGCAAACGUUGGGACUGAUAUUGAACUCUGUUGAUGACAUUCCCCAUAACAUAAACUAUUUGUUUGGAUUGGCGAUGGACAAGCUUACAUUUUUGCCUUUCAGCUUGGCACUCGACUUAUGGCGGUGGGAUAUAUUCAAAGGGACCACGCACAAGGAGAGAUACAAUUGCCAUUGGUGGGAUUUACGAGAACGACUUGGCGGUGUCAAGCCUCCAGUACUCCGGUCCGAAACAGAUUUCGAUCCGGGAUCAAAAUAUCACGUGCCCGCCAACAUUCCUUACAUUGGGUAA